UGCCGUGCUGCGAGCUGCAUCCCCGCGUGAUGACGCCCGAGGACGAGCAGAGGGAGCUGGAGGAGUUGCCCGUGGACUGGUGGCCGCCUGGAGUGCUGGACCGGCGCAGCCGCGUCGCCGCCUUCUACGACGGCGCGGCGGUCUUCCUCACGGGCGCCACCGGCUUCGUCGGCAGCCUCGUACUCGAGAAGCUGCUGCGCUCCUGCCCCGGCGUCUCCACGGUCUACGUGCUCGUCAGGGACAAGAAAGGCGUGCCGCUGCGGGAGCGGCUGCGGUCGCACCUCGACAAAGUGGCCUUCAGCAAGGCCCGCGAGGCGUGCCCGGACUACCUGCGCAAGGUGGUGGCCGUGGCGGGCGACUGCUCUCAGCCGGGACUGGGGAUCAGCCCGGCUGACGCCGCCGAGCUCACCGGCAGGGUGUCCGUCGUGUUCCACGUGGCCGCCACGGUGCGCUUCGACGCAGACCUCCGGACUGCCACUGUCACCAACGUUGGCUCCACCUGCGAGGUCGUUGCACUCGCCAAGCGGAUGCCCAACCUCAAGGCUUUCGUCUACAUGUCGACGGCGUAUUCACAUGCUCCCAGAGAUGAAAUCGACGAGAAGUUCUACGCUCCAGCACUGAAGGCUGAGGAGCUGCUCAAACCGAUCAGCGUCAUGAACGACGAACAGCUGGCGCAGGUACUCCCGCUGCUUAUGGGUGACUGGCCCAACACAUAUACCUUCACAAAGGCAAUCGCCGAAGAUCUAAUACGCUCUGAAGCCGUUGGGCUACCAGCCUCGAUCAUCAGGCCCUCCAUAGUGUUGAGCACCUACCAGGAACCACUGGCUCUGUGGGUGGGCAACAUGUAUGGCCCUACUGCCGCAGGGGCCGGAUCGUCUGUGGGACUUCUGCACGCCAUGCAUAUGGAUCGCAGUGCGUUGGUGGAUGGCGUGCCGGCAGACAUGGUGGCCAACGCCACCCUCGCCUGUGCGUGGGACACCUGGCUGAGGGGAGGUGUCGCGGCGUCAGCACUUGGGCAGGCGGAGAACAGCCAAGUCAGGCCCCUGGGCCGCGAUCACGCUACUCUGGAGGCGAGGAGAAGCAGGCACGAUGCUGUGAGUGUGCUGAGGUGUCCCGGUCUGGACAGCAGCGACAAUGGCCUGCAGAACUGGAGUGUGUCGCCACAAGACAGCACAAGACAGCGUGCAAUAGGGAUGCAACAUCUCUCCGGAGUGAGCCAGUGA